AAAUUUUUGGCAAACCUUGAAAGCUCUAUUGUGAAAGACAACUUCUUCACGUGUCACUCCAAAACAAUGAAAACAGCUUCUUGAUACACCUCAUUUUCACGUUUGUUUAUGUAACAAAAGUGAUUCACACAUAUACAUACAUACACAUUUUUAGCAGAGGGAAUAGCAGAAUUCUCCUACCAACUUGAGCGCUGCGAUCAAUAGCUCAAAAGGGCCUUCCCUUAACAAAAGAAGCCAUCUUUACCACUUAAGGCAGCUGAGCUAAAUCAUGCUUGGUAAUGGAGUUGUCGGGAUCCUCUCGGAGUCCACGAAUAAGUGGGAGAGGAGAGCUCCGGUGACCCCUGCACACUGUGCGCGGCUGCUGAGGGGCAGUGCCAAAACGGGAGUUUCCCGCAUCAUUCUGCAGCCAUCGACCAAGCGCAUCCAUCAUGAUGCACAGUACGAGGACGUUGGCUGUGAGAUUUCGGAGGACUUGUCUGAAUGUGGCUUCAUUUUAGGCAUCAAACAGCCAAAGUUGGACAUGAUACUUCCGGACAAGACAUACGUGUUUUUCUCACACACGCACAAGGCACAGAGAGAAAACAUGCCACUUCUUGAUAAGAUUUUGGCUGAAAGGGCUACUUUGUUUGAUUACGAGCUUAUAACCGGAGACCAUGGUAAACGAUUACUGGCAUUCGGGAAAUUUGCUGGAAGGGCCGGAAUGAUUGAUUUCUUGUGUGGCCUUGGACAGCGGUUUCUUAGUCUUGGAUAUUCUACACCUUUCCUCUCCUUAGGCCAAUCCUACAUGUACUCAUCUCUGGCUGCUGCAAAGGCGGCUGUCAUUUCUGUCGGGGAAGAGAUAGCUACAUCAGGACUCCCAUCGAGAAUCUGUCCCUUAGUCUUUGUCUUCACCGGUUCUGGAAAUGUCUCUCAAGGAGCACAGGAGAUAUUUAAUCUUCUUCCUCACACUUUUGUUAACUCAAGCAGUCUUCCUGAUCUUUUUGAGACGGCCGGAGAUCCUCAAGUAGGGAAAAGCUCGCAACGAGCCUUUCAAGUGUAUGGAUGUGCUGUCACCAGUCAAGAUAUGGUGGUUCACAAUUAUCCUUCCAAAUCAUUCGAUAAGGUGGACUACUAUGCACAUCCGGAAAACUACAGGCCUAUUUUCCAUGAAAAGAUUGCUCCAUUUGCAUCUGUAAUAGUAAAUUGUAUGUAUUGGGAGAAAAGAUUUCCUCGGUUAUUGACCUCCACGCAGCUGCAAGAUCUAAUCAAGAAAGGAUGUCCUCUGGUUGGAAUCUCGGAUAUAACAUGCGAUGUAGGUGGCUCGUUAGAAUUUGUACAGCGAACUACGUCUAUCGACUCACCUUUCAUCAGAUAUGAUCCCGAUGACAACUCGUACCAUCACGACAUGGAGGGCAGUGGCAUUAUCUGCUCCGCUGUUGACAUUCUUCCUACAGAGUUUGCAAGAGAGGCUUCCCAACACUUUGGUGACAUACUAUCUAAGUUUAUCGGAAACUUAGCUUCUUCAACGUCCCUCGAUGGAUUACCUUCGCCCCUGAAGCGAGCUUGUAUCGUCCACGCUGGCGCACUCAGCCCUUUGUAUGACUACAUUCCUAGAAUGAGAAAUUCUGACAUUGAGGUUUCGCCACAAACUCUACAGCCUUUGCAGACUGCAAAGAUGAAGCACACAAAGAUGAUGUCUCUGAGCGGCCAUUUGUUCGACCAGUUCCUAAUCAAUGAGGCUCUGGAUAUCAUCGAAGCAGCAGGUGGUUCCUUCCGUUUGGUGAAAUGUCACGUUGGUCAAAACACGAGCGCAUUGUCAUAUUCAGAGCUUGAAAUAGGUGCUGAUGAUAAGGCAGUCCUAGAUAAAAUCAUCGAUUCUUUAACUUCACUUGCGAAUCCGAGGGACGAGCAUGUUGACAGUGAAAACGACAUGAUAUCGCUUACACUUGGGAAAUUCAAAGACAAUGGCACAGAGGAGGAAAAUGGGGUGAGAAGUGAAGCUGCCUUCCUUAUCUUAGGUGCUGGCCGAGUUUGUCGACCAGCUGUAGAAUUUCUGACAGCAGUUGGCCGGGAUUCGAUGAAAAAAUCAUACAUCAGAGAGGACAUGAAAGAGGAGAUUUCUCCUGUUCAUGUCAUUGUUGCUUCUCUGUUCCUGAAAGAUGCAGAAGAGAUCACUGAAGGACUUCCAAAUUCAACGGCAGUUCAACUUGAUAUCUCGAACGAGGAGAAACUCCACCAUUACAUUACACAGGUUGAUGUAGUGAUCAGUUUGCUGCCUCCUAGCUGCCACAGUAUUAUAGCAAGUGCUUGUAUUCAGUCCAGGAAACACCUUGUCACUGCUAGCUAUGUGGACGAUUCCAUGUCAAAGCUCGAUGAAUCAGCAAAAAGCUCUGAUGUGACAAUUCUCUGUGAGAUGGGCUUGGAUCCCGGAAUAGACCACAUGAUGGCGAUGAAGAUGAUCGAUGAAGCUCAUGCAAGAGGGGGCAAGAUCAAGUCCUUCACUUCCUACUGCGGCGGUCUUCCAUCUCCAGAUGCUGCAAACAACACAUUAGCUUACAAAUUUAGUUGGAGUCCAAUUGGCGCUAUAAGAGCCGGGCGCAAUCCAGCAGUGUACAAACAUGAUGGUGAAAUUGUGCAUGUUGAUGGUGAAAAACUGUAUGAUUCCGCUUCAAAGAUUCGGAUACCAUACUUCCCUGCAUUUGCACUCGAAUGUCUUCCAAAUAGGAACUCCUUGGUCUAUGGAGACCUUUACGGAAUAGGAAACGAAGCUUCAACCAUUUUUCGAGGAACUCUUAGAUACGAAGGUUUUGGAGGGAUAAUGGGAACUCUAGCAAGAAUCGGUUUCUUCAACAUCGAAGCAACACUGGUGCUAAAAGACGAGACAAGGACAACGUAUAGAUCCUUUUUGCUAUCUCUUCUCAAUCACAGUACAAAAGACUCAGAGGGAUUGGUUGUAAGUGAGAAAUGGAUUGCAGAUCAGAUUCUUUCUCUUGGCUUUUGCCAAGAGAAAGAAACAGCAAUCAAGACCGCGAAAACCAUCGUAUUUUUGGGCUUUCAUGAGAAGGCAGAAAUCCCGAAGUCGUGCCAAUGUGCAUUCGACAUUUCCUGCCUCCAAAUGGAAGAGAGGCUGGCGUAUUCGGGCUUGGAGAAGGACAUGGUCCUCUUGCACCAUGAAGUGGAAGUGGAAUUCCCAAAUGGGAAACCAAGUGAACACCAUGGAGCAACCCUACUGGAAUUCGGAAGGACCGAAGGAACGAGGUCGUACACAGCCAUGGCUCUAACCGUCGGCAUUCCUGCAGCCAUUGGAGCUUUGCUUUUGCUUGGAAAAACUGUCAAAGAGAGGGGUGUUUUAAGGCCUAUAAAUCCAGAGAUUUAUGAACCAGCUCUGCAAAUUUUGGAGGCUUAUGGUUUCAAGUUGGUGGAGAAGACUGAUUGAUUGUUAUUAUUGGACUGUUAUAUAUCUGUAAAAUACAAAUUGUUUAUAAUAAAUUGUAUUAAAUGUUGUUAUGCAUAA